AGGGCGGGUGCUUCCGGCCAGCAGGGGUAGGUUGUAGGAUGAGCGGGAGAGACGCGGCGCUGAGGAGAGCAGGCAAUUGAUUGUCUGCUGUUGAUACCAGACCAAAGAUGACGAAACUAGGAUUCCUGCGGUUGUCUUAUGAGAAGCAAGACACACUGCUGAAGUUGCUCAUUCUGUCCAUGGCAGCAGUGCUCUCUUUUUCCACCAGGUUAUUCUCUGUCCUGAGGUUUGAAAGUGUUAUCCAUGAGUUUGACCCGUACUUCAACUACAGGACCACUCGCUUUCUUACUGAAGAGGGUUUCUACAAAUUUCAUAACUGGUUUGAUGACAGAGCUUGGUAUCCACUGGGAAGAAUUAUUGGAGGAACAAUCUACCCGGGUCUCAUGAUAACCUCAGCCACCCUCUACCAUGUCCUACACUUCUUUCACAUCACAGUUGACAUCAGGAAUGUGUGUGUGUUUCUGGCUCCGCUUUUCUCCUCCUUUACCACCAUUGUGACGUACCAUUUAACAAGAGAGCUGAAGGACGCAGGUGCUGGCUUGUUAGCUGCUGCCAUGAUCGCUGUGGUACCUGGAUACAUUUCACGUUCCGUGGCUGGCUCCUAUGAUAACGAAGGUAUUGCUAUCUUCUGCAUGCUGCUCACAUACUAUAUGUGGAUUAAGGCCGUAAAGACUGGCUCCAUCUACUGGUCAUCUAUGUGUGCCUUAGCGUACUUUUAUAUGGUUUCCUCGUGGGGUGGUUACGUGUUCCUGAUCAAUCUGAUUCCACUUCAUGUUCUCAUCCUGAUGUUGACUGGUCGGUUUUCGCACCGCAUCUAUGUUGCCUACUGUACUGUCUAUUGCCUGGGAACCAUCCUCUCCAUGCAGAUUUCCUUUGUGGGAUUCCAGCCUGUCCAGUCUUCAGAGCAUAUGGCUGCCCUGGGUGUGUUUGGCUUGUGCCAGAUCCACGCCUUUGUUGAUUACCUGCGCAGCAAACUCAGCACACAACAGUUUGAGGUCCUGUUUAAGAGCGUCAUCUCUCUGGUUGGGUUGGUUGUGCUAGCUGCAGGAACCGUGCUGGUUCUGACAGGUAAAAUUUCCCCAUGGACUGGGCGUUUCUACUCAUUGCUGGAUCCGUCGUAUGCGAAAAACAAUAUUCCAAUCAUUGCCUCCGUCUCUGAGCACCAGCCCACCACCUGGUCAUCGUAUUACUUUGAUCUACAGCUCCUUGUUUUCAUGUUCCCAGUCGGUUUGUACUACUGCUUCAACAACCUGUCAGAUGCCAGGAUUUUCAUCAUCAUGUACGGUGUCACCAGUAUGUACUUUUCCGCUGUGAUGGUUCGACUUAUGCUGGUGUUAGCCCCUGUAAUGUGUAUCCUGUCAGGGAUCGGUGUAUCUCAAGUUCUGUCAACUUAUAUAAAGAACCUGGAUAUCAGCCGCCCAGAUAAGAAGUCAAAAAAGCAGCAGGAUUCUACCUACCCGAUUAAAAAUGAAGUGGCGAGUGGAAUGGUCUUCGUGAUGACAUUCUUUCUCAUCACGUACACCUUUCAUUCCACGUGGGUGACCAGUGAGGCGUAUUCUUCUCCCUCCAUUGUCCUGUCUGCCCGCGGAGGAGAUGGAAGUAGGAUUAUCUUUGACGACUUCAGAGAGGCUUAUUACUGGCUAAGACACAAUACACCCGAGGAUGCCAAAGUGAUGUCUUGGUGGGAUUAUGGCUAUCAGAUCACGGCAAUGGCAAAUCGAACCAUCCUCGUGGACAACAACACCUGGAAUAACACUCAUAUUUCCAGAGUCGGACAGGCCAUGGCCUCUCCAGAAGAGAAAGCCUAUGAAAUCAUGAGAGAGUUGGAUGUCAGCUACGUGCUGGUAAUUUUUGGAGGUCUAACAGGAUAUUCCUCCGAUGAUAUCAACAAGUUUUUGUGGAUGGUAAGAAUUGGAGGCAGCACAGACACAGGCAGACAUAUCAAGGAGCAUGAUUAUUACACACCGACAGGAGAAUUCCGCGUGGACCGAGAGGGAUCUCCAGUCCUACUCAACUGCCUGAUGUACAAAAUGUGCUACUAUCGCUUCGGCCAGGUCUACACAGAAGCAAAACGCCCACCUGGCUACGACAGGGUAAGAAAUGCGGAGAUUGGAAACAAAGACUUUGAGCUGGACGUUCUAGAAGAGGCUUACACCACUGAGCACUGGUUGGUGCGUAUAUACAAGGUUAAAGAUUUGGAUAACCGUGGCCUCUCAAGAACGUAAAAGCACAAAACAGCUCGACGGAAAACAGCACUGACUGAUGCCUUGUCCUGGGAAGAGAGUUGUAUUUGGGUUUUUUUUAUACGCUAGUUUGGGAAUAAAAGAAGAAAUCAAGAGUUUUACAUGUUGCGUUGUGUCUGGCCAACUGUUUCAGUGAUCAAUGAUUUGUACAAUUGCUGGCAAGUAUCCAAAACAAAAUUGCGCUGUUUUAAGUUCCACAGUGCGAAAAUAAAGGGUUCCAAUGGACACUGGGAA